GUCACGUGUUGGUCCAAACAUCCUUCUCCUUCUUUUUAUUUUCCGCACUUUAAAAACCACUAUUCCACAACACACACCACACAAAUCUCCUUCCUCGUAACAAUGUCCGACACGGAAACCACGCUCGAGCAACCCUCCACUCCGCCGCAGCCCGACCCCUCCGCCGCCGUAUCCUUCAGCAUAUGGCCCCCCACUCAGCGCACCCGCGACGCCGUCGUCAACCGCUUGAUCGAGACCCUUUCCGCCCCCUCCGUCCUCUCCAAGCGCUACGGCACUCUCUCCUCCGACGAAUCCUCCUCCGCCGCCCGCCAGAUCGAGGACGAGGCCUUCUCCGCUGCCUCCUCUUCCGACGGCAUUGAGACCCUCCAGGUCUACUCCAAGGAGAUCAGCAAGCGCAUGCUCGACACCGUUAAGGCCAGAGCUGCGCCGAUUCCCUCCGCCGAAGAGGGCGUCGCCGCCUCCGUCUCCGACUAAUUGUGUGUUCUGCGAUGAUGUAGAGUUACUUUCUCUUGUGUGCGUGUAGGUUUUUGUUGCAUCCAAUUGUGGUAAUAAUAUUAAUCCAUCAAUUUCAUUCUCAUCAUGUAGUGUUUGCGUGUUGAGUUUUAUAAAUUGAGCUUCUCAGAUUUUGUGCGCGAUUGAAACUAUAUUUAUCUCAGGUUAGUAAUAGUUACAUAGUGAUGUUGGUUUCUCUCU